AUGAACCAGAAACUCGCCGCGGCGCUCCUAGCCACGCUAACUUGCAGCACUCAAAGAAGGCCACUGUGGCACAAUGGAGCUGAGAAAUCGCAAUACAGGGAUGGAAGGUCGAACCAAACCUUAUACCAGCAACGGUACCCAACCUUCCUCUCAAUGUCCUCACCGCAGUCACAUAACGUGAAAAUUAGUCCAUUGUGCGCUGGAUGGGGAAGAACAGAACGAUAUACGUGGAACGAGGAUGAACGCAACGUAUAUGUAUACACAGUUGUGGGACCCACAGUUACGGCAGAUGACAUUGAUGUCGAUAUUAAAAGCAACGCAAUACACGCCAUCAAUAAAAAGAAACCCGUAAUACCCAUUUUAAGCGGCAACACAAAGGGGGCAAUAGACGUGGAUGGGAGCUUCUGGACACUAGAAGAGGAUAAAGGGAUGCGACAGCUUAUAAUAACGAUCAGAAAGGCAGAAAAGGAAGAAGGGCAAUGGUUUGGAGUAUUACUCAACGAAAAAGUGCAACAGCAAACGUAUGAACCAAUCACGCAUCAUGAUGUUGGCCAUACCAAGGCACAAAGCCUAGAGCCAAAAGCAAUAUUCUGGCGAACAGCAUUUCCCACCGUAGAUGCAAAACAGCUUGAAGAAAUACUCAAAAGGUGGAUGAGCCGAGAUAGUACAGAUAAUAUACCUUUCGGGAAACCAAAACUAACCAUCAAUAUAUCAUUCAUACCGGAAUCUACAGGAGGUAAAAUAGUAUACGAAACAGAUAGACCUGACAUUGACGAGUAUCUAGACGUCAUAGUUACACCUAUGAGAUCCGCAGAUACCAAAAAUACGUCUGAAGGAGCACAAAUAACAUUUGUAAACAGCCCUACCACACGCAUAAUAUCGGGAGAAAUGGGACAAAAACAGGCCGAAAAUGUUAUCACAGCACUCAGAACACUCAUAAAGACAUUCGAAAAGGAUGUGCACAGGCUUGACGGACUAAUGAAGAACAGGGAACAGCAAACAGAGGGUUUUGACUAUAUGGGAAGCACAGCAUAUCUCGAUGCUGACAAUUUGGACGGUUACAUCAAAUACCACGAGGAAUUAAGAGAACUCGCUCAGGGUUCAAAAACCCAACCCGACCCCAAUAAAGUCUUUAGGGAUGAAGUAACGGGACUCACAAUCGAUUGGAACAAAACGGACGAUGGACCAGAUGUCUCACAGAAGGAAAAUGAACAGAAGAAAAAAAUACUUAUCAACCAGCUCACAGAAGCUGUAAAACGCACGCAAAAACCUCAACCAGAGGAAACCAUUAAGUAUCUAGUCGAGAACGUCAGAAAGUCGUUGGCGCUGACUGACGUAGAAUACGACCAACUCAUGCAAAAAGCAGACGAAAGGAUCGAAAAGGAAAACAUAAUGUUGGCUGAAAAACAAAAAACCUUUAGUCAGAUAAAAUCGGUAUCAGAACUCGACGAGGCUACACCAUCAGUCGAAGAAAUAGCAAUGGGAACACACAAAACGACUGAAAAGGAUACGUUCGACAUCGCCAUGACCUUCCCAGAAAAGAGCAUGCUUGCCAGGAAGUAUGAAACUAUAUCGAGCGUACAGAAAGACCGGCUUAGACGACGGUGGAAGUCUAACGAGAAACGACUCAAACUGCUCAUCACGGAAUUGCUGGAAGCAUCUCCAGACAAGUGUCCUACAAUAUGCAACAACUACAGGCAAGUGAAUAAUCUGCUCCUAUCGGAAGAUUAUCCGACGCUCAUGCGGAGUUAUCUAUGCUUCAAUAAAGUGGAAGGGAGCCACGAAAAACAGAGGCUGACCUUCCUUAACGAAUUCGUCCUUAGCCUCUACAAGGACCAACGCAUAUACCUUCUACAAGAUGAAAAGAUACAACUAGGGAAAAUUAAACAGAUUAUACUCUGGGCACGCGACGAAUUCGAAAACUUGAACGACCUGAUCAUGAAGAACAAGCACCAAUACGACACGAACUUUAUAUGCUAUCUCAACCUAGCAAUAUCAAAGGAAGUACAACGAAUAAAGGAAGAAUACGGAGAUCAAACGUUGGAGACAGGGGCAGCAAAACCUCAUGACCAACCAUGGCUAUGUGUGCUCACGGUUAUACAACGGGCAAUCUAUGCAAUCGCGAAAGCAGAUAUGGCAGAAGACCUAUACUUCAUCACCAAUAUCGCCUCAUUCGAGGAUCCAGGGGUGCGCAGCUAUAUGCUAGAGUUCAUACUUGCAACCAUGCCGAGAUCGGACUGGAAGGCCUUCAAAGACCUCAUUUUGUCAGCAAGCAACUCUUUACUGCGUAACCCGCCAGAGGAAAGGGAUGACCUGAAGGAUACUCAGCCGCAUUUCGUGGAAGCGAUCAUGCAGAUGCGUAAUGAAGUAGAAAAAAUGAUACCGGAUUGGAUUAUUGAUGAAAUGCUGUCCGAGGAAGAUCGCAACUAUAUGAUUAAAAACAACAGACUGAAAUGCCCAAUUCUACAGCUCGACCUCGAACCGAAACAAGACACGACCGAAGCCACACAAUUGCCAGACUCAGCUAAAAUAUCAGCUGAUAAACAAACUCCAAAUCAAUGCCGUAAAUGUGGAGCAGCGAUGGGUUCAUGCGAUGCUCUCUGCUUCUUCUGCAGGGUAUGCAGCUGGCCAGUGGAAUCCAGCCAGCUUACACCGUUCAACCCCUUCGAAAUUUUUAAACUGCCCAUAAACUACAAAAUCGACAGAGCACAACUCAACAAGCAGUAUAAGAGCUACCAAUUCAUACUACACCCAGAUAGACACGCAGCGAAGCAGGACGAAGAACUACAAAUUAUAAAUACAAACUCAAGCAUUGUAAAUAAUCACUAUCGCACUCUUCUGGAUGACAAAGGCCGAGCCAAGCUGUGCUUCUGUAUCAAAUACGGAGAGGAGGAGUUCAACCGUGCAAUGGAAACAUCUGAACCGGCUCAGUUGGAACAAAUUAUGGAGAUGCACGAACAAAUAGCUUCACUCAAGGAUUCCUCAGAAGCUAAAAUGAUGCAGCAACAGCUGGAAAAGACGAUCCUAAGUGCUGUGAAAUCACUGGAAGAUGCAUUUGAAAACGAUGAUAAAAAUGCCAUUAUAACGCACUUCAAAACGCUAUCCUUCUAUAUACAACUCAUGGAUAAAUUGAAAGAGCUUUAUACCAUUAAAGAUUUCACCGUACUGGGACGAGGGAUCUCGCCACCUACGACACCGCAUGAUAUCGCAGUUACAUCGGAUGUAACAUUGAGAACACACUCGACAGUAGACGCGAAGGGGUUAAUCGAACCAAAGGUUCAGACGACACGCUCGCCACUCGAUUGUGGAACACUUUUCAUAGUCAAGGUCCCACAUAUAGGAAAUGGAAUCACACAAGGAAAGAUACAGCAAUGGUAUAAGCAGAAAGGCGACCAUGUAGAUGUUGGAGAACUUAUAUGUGUCAUAGAGACAGAACAGGUACUAGUAAAAGUCCAGUCACAGUUUGCUGGAAUAGUUGUUGAGAAUGUAGGAAACGAAGGAUGCAAGGUCAGAGUAGGAGCGGACCUGCUAAUCAUUAGGAGUACGGAAGAAACGGAAGAUGAAGUGGAAGACGAGGAGAAAUCGGAGGAAGAUUGA